CGUUGCUAUAUAAACGCGGCUUCCUUCAUGCCAUACAUUCAUUCUUUGGGUGGAUUAACUCAAGUAUAACGAAAUGGCUGCUAAGUUUGUCGUAGUGCUCGCCGCGUUGGUGGCCGCGUGCCAGGCGUCCGUGGUGCCCCUUGCGCGAGCAGACGCCGACUACACCAGCUUCGCGUACGACGUGGCCGACCCCAACACCGGCGACUACAAGAGCCAGGUGGAGACGCGCGUCGGCGGCACCGUGGCCGGCCAGUACUCGCUGCUGGACGCCGACGGCACCAAGCGCACCGUGGACUACACCGCCGACGACGUCAACGGCUUCAACGCCGUCGUGCGUAAAGACCCCGCCGUGGUUGCUGCCCCAGUGGUCGCUGCUGCCCCUGCCGUGGUUGCCUCCGCCCCUGUGGUUGCCUCCGCCCCUGCCGUCGUCGCCGCGCGCACCGUAGCUUCUCCCGCUGUCUACGCCGCCGCUCCCUCCGUCUACGCCGCUCCCUCCGUCUACGCUGCUCCCUCCGUUUACGCUGCUUCUGCUCCCUCCGUCUACGCUGCUUCUUCUCCCGUAGUCGCCGCUCCCUCUUUCUACUCCGCUCCCCUCUCCUACGCCCAAGCCCCUGUCACCUACUGCGGAUGUAACCACAAUCCUGACGAGGGUAUAAAAACGUUCAAGGACUAUUUAAAUGGCACCGCAAUGAGGCUGUGCAUAAAUAUGGACUAUUUUGAGCAGCAGGAUAUUAUUAUGUCUGUCGACGGCGGGAGAAGCUACGGUGCGCGCGGCGACGACGGCAGGGGCGGAGGCGACCACGGGAGCGGAGGCAACCACAGGCGCGGAAGCAACCACGGCAGGGGCAGCAGCGACCACCGGGGCAGCAACCACAGCGGGGUCUUUACGCACGACGGCGUUGAAGCCGUUGACGUCGUCGGCGGUGUAGUCCACGGUGCGCUUGGUGCCGUCGGCGUCCAGCAGCGAGUACUGGCCGGCCACGGUGCCGCCGACGCGCGUCUCCACCUGGCUCUUGUAGUCGCCGGUGUUGGGGUCGGCCACGUCGUACGCGAAGCUGGUGUAGUCGGCGUCUGCUCGCGCAAGGGGCACCACGGACGCCUGGCACGCGGCCACCAACGCGGCGAGCACUACGACAAACUGGAACAACAAAAAGACAUAUUAACUAAUUGUAGAAUAAGAGAUUGGGAACCACGGUUCACGCCCCUGAAACUGCUGGUGCACCAGCACCACCAGGAUUGCAGACCAGCCGGCACCGUAGCCGCUGUAGCCAGCGCCGUAGCCGCCAUAGCCGGCGUAGCCUACAGGCGAUGCGUAGCCGAGAGCACGACCGUACGACGCGGGAUGUUGAGCCAGUCCAUCUUUACGGACGACUGCGUUGAAUCCGGUGUGAGGGUCGGCUUGGUAGUCCACAAUGCGUUUGGUUCCAUCGGACUCCAGGAGCGAGUACUGGCCGACCACGUGGUUGCCGACUCGGGUCUCGUGCUGGUCUUUUACGUCACCAGUGUGGGGGUCGUUGACACCGUAGGAGAAGCUCGACCAGAUCCGAGCAAGAGCACAAGAACCAUCACAACAAUGGCCGCAAAGUUUAUCGUUCUUGCUGCAUUAGUGGCGGCUGCGAGUGCCGGGGGCGUCAACGGAGGACCCGGGGCUGGCGAUGACUUCAGUUUCUCAUACGGAGUCAAAGAUCCCAACACCGGAGACGUGAAGGAUCAGCAUGAGAAACGCGUCGGCGGUAGCGUCGUCGGAAAAUACUCUCUCUUAGAAUCCGAUGGUACCAAGCGUGUUGUGGAAUACACCGCUGACCCUCACUCUGGAUUCAACGCUGUCGUCCGCAAGGAAGGUCUCGCCACCCAUCCUCCGUCCCCCCUGCAGCCCGGUGCUCGCGCUUUAGCUGGACCCGCUGGAUACGCUCCUGGAUCUCCUCUAGCCCACCCUGGAUACGCUCACCCUGGAGCGUAUGGUCCUCACGCCAAUCCUUUGGCUUACGGAGGCCUUGCUAACCCUCUGGCGUACGGACCCCACGCCAACCCUCUCGCGUUCGGAGCCGCAAACCCGUUGGCCUACGGAGCCCAUGGUCGUGGAUAUGCUGGUGCUCUCGCUAACCCCUUGGCUGCUGGUGCUUACGGUGGACUUGCCGGUCCCUUGGCCCAUGGAGCGUACCCUGGCCAUGCUGGCUAUGGCGCAUUCGGUGCAGCUGGCUACGGUGCUCCUGGAGCGUACGGGGCAUACGGACCCCACGCCGCGUUUGGACAUCAUGGUGCUCUAGGGCCUCUGGCUGGUCCCCUGGGUCAUGGCCCAUUGGCUGGACCUCUAGCCCAUGGCGCCCUUGCCCCCAACGGUCUCGCUCAUGGUGCUCGCUGGUAGUUAUCUAUUUAUUUAUUUGUUAUCGACUUCAAACGACGACUGUGUUUUUUUGUAACAAA